AUGCUUCCUGCUACGCCUAGGAAGUUGAACCAGGAGCUGGCAAAUGCGACCACGUCGUCCGCAGUCCUACGAGUCAUUGGUUCGCAUCUGCCCGAGUUCGACGCGAUCAAUGUUGUCACAGCUCUCCACAAGCUGGCCAGGAGACAGGCCGCGGCUCUUCGCACUGCCCCCCGGCGGUCGCGCGCUCGCUGUGCGACCGGCUGCUGGGGCUCUGCGGCGGCGCCGCGCGCCUGCAGGCGAGGCAGCUGGCGUCCUCCGUGUGGGCGCUGGCGACACUCAGGACCCAGCCUUUCUGCGCCCCGCGCAUUGGCCGACGGAGCUUUGUUGCGAGCCGUGGACUUCAACCCACAGGACUGCGCGAACACCCUCUGGGCCGUGGCCGCCGCCCGGGCGGAGCACCCCGCGCUCGUCCAGGCCCUCUGCGCGACGGCCGCGGCGAAGCUGCGGCGCUUCCGGCCGCAGGAGUGCGCCAACGCCGUCUGGGCGGUCGCAGCGCUCCGGGCACAGGAGAGCCGCAGUUCUCGCAGCGGGCCUUCGGGGCGCUCUGCGGAGGCGCCCCGCAGCUGA